AUGGCUUCAGUCAUGAUGUCCGACGCCAUAUCUGAUAUCGGCAUGUCGAGCAGAAUCGGGACCCCAAAACGACCCUUUCAGAGAGACUCUUCACUCAGACCAAGGGGCCCGCCCUCUGAGAGUGUCGCGCCUCAGAGCGACAUUGAGGGAUUCGCAGAUGAUCAGGUACCGCAAGGAACUGGCCGACCAAGGCCCAAGGAUCGGCCAGUCCCUCGUGUCGAGGAUGCGGUCGGACAGAUUGUCCAGGACAACUUUGAAGAUUUCCUGGAGGGGUUCAUUGAAGAGCCGUCUGCAUCCGGAGCGCCUCCAUCAAGUGCUAUCACGACAGAUAAAUACUACAUAGCGCAGAUCCACGGCUUGAGAACAUACCAGCUCUCUACGCUCUAUGUCGACUUCAACCAUGUCUCCCAGUUCAAGGGCGGUGGGCUCGCAGAUGGAAUUGUAGCGGAAUACUACAGAUUCUUGCCUUUCCUGACCAAGGCUCUACACAACAUGAUCGCCAAAUACGAGCCACGAUACUUCCGGGAUCAUCGUCAGCCCACAGCCUCCAGUAACCAAACUUCCUCCGGUGCCAGUAAUGCUGCCUCUGCAAGCCAAUCCGACUUUCAAGGAAGCAAGACCACCAACCAGCAAACCGAUAAACUCUUUGCUUUGGCAUUCUAUAAUUUGCCCCUCGUUUCUCGAGUUCGUCACUUGAGAACUGCCAACAUUGGACAACUUCUGUCAAUUUCUGGCACCGUCACGAGAACUUCCGAAGUUAGACCAGAGCUGUCCCUCGCAACCUUCACUUGCGAGUCCUGCCGAAACACCAUUCCCAAUAUCGAGCAGACAUUUCGAUAUACCGAGCCCACUCAAUGCCCGAACGUGACCUGCAAUAAUCGUCUAGCAUGGAGACUGGACAUCAGACAGAGCACCUUCGUGGAUUGGCAAAAAGUCCGAGUCCAAGAGAACAGUUCCGAGAUACCUACAGGCAGUAUGCCUCGAACAAUAGAUAUUAUCCUACGAGGAGAGAUUGUGGACCGAGCAAAAGCUGGUGAGAAGUGUAUCUUCACCGGCGCUUUGAUCGUGGUUCCAGAUGUCAGCCAACUCGGUCUUCCCGGUACACGCGCAACAGCUGUACGAGAGAAUCCAAAUAGAUCCGGAGAUGAUAGUGGAGUGUCAGGUCUCAAAGCACUUGGUGUUCGAGAUCUUACCUACAGACUUGCUUUCUUGGCCUGUAUGGUCACUCCAGACACCUCUACCACUGGAUCGGCUGUAAGCCAACAGUUGAACGGCCAAUCGAGCAAUAUUCUCGCAUCUCUCAACCAAACUGCCCCCAUAGACCCUAACGAACCUGGGGACCAUGCCCAGGAGGCUGUUUUGGCAUCGAUGACCCAAGCUGAAAUUGAGGACCUUCGUAAGAUGGUUCACACUGAUCACAUCUACUCUCGACUUGUCAACUCCCUCGCACCCACAGUCUAUGGGCACGAGAUUGUCAAGAAGGGUCUUCUCCUUCAGCUUAUGGGUGGUCUAAGCAAGACGACUCCAGAGGGAAUGUCACUACGCGGUGAUAUCAACAUCUGCAUCGUUGGUGAUCCAUCAACGUCGAAAUCUCAAUUCUUGAAGUAUAUUUGCUCCUUCUUACCUCGCGCUGUUUACACAUCUGGAAAGGCCUCCUCCGCAGCUGGUCUUACAGCUGCGGUCGUCAAGGAUGAAGAGACGGGCGAGUUCACUAUCGAGGCUGGUGCUUUGAUGUUGGCAGACAAUGGUAUCUGUGCUAUCGACGAAUUUGACAAGAUGGAUAUUGCCGAUCAGGUAGCCAUCCACGAAGCUAUGGAACAGCAGACCAUCUCUAUUGCCAAAGCUGGAAUUCAGGCUACUUUGAACGCCAGAACAUCUAUUUUGGCGGCCGCAAAUCCGGUCGGGGGCCGGUACAACCGAAAGACCACGCUCCGAGCCAAUAUCAACAUGUCUGCUCCCAUCAUGUCCCGUUUUGAUCUCUUCUUUGUUAUUCUGGACGAGUGUAAUGAGAGCGUAGACAGACAUUUGGCUGAGCAUAUUGUUGGCAUUCAUCAAAUGCGUGAUGAGGCCAUCCAACCCGAAUUCACUACCGAACAGCUUCAACGAUAUAUCCGAUUCGCAAAGACGUUCAAGCCCGAGUUUACGCCAGAAGCCAGAGAGAUCCUUGUACAAAAAUACAAAGAGCUUAGAAGCGACGACGCUCAGGGCGGUAUCGGCAGAAACAGCUACAGGAUCACAGUCCGUCAACUUGAGUCUAUGAUACGAUUGUCCGAGGCUAUUGCCAAAGCCAACUGUGUCGAGGAAAUCACCCCAAGCAUGGUCAUCGAGGCAUUCAACCUCCUCCGCCAGAGUAUCAUUUCGGUUGAGAAGGACGAUGUUGAUGUUGAUGAGGAUGACGAGGAAGUCUUGGGUCCCAACGGUGCCAGCCGCCGAGACACUGAUGGCGAUUCUCCCAUGGGAGACGGAAAUGACGAGGAGGAUGGGGAUGAUGGGCCAGAUGGUGGCGCAGGAGCCAGCGGCGCCACACCAGCUCCCGAUAAACCCAAGGCGAAGAUCUCCUACGACAAGUACAUCAGCGUCGUCAACCUGUUGGUCCAGAGAGUCAACGAAGACGAGAUGACUCAAGGAGAGGGUGUUGCCGGGGAUACUCUCGUCGAAUGGUAUCUAGAGCAGAAGGAGGAUGAGUUGGCAGGCGAGGAAGAUUACCACGCCGAGAUGGCACUGACGAAGAAGAUCAUCAAGAGAAUGGUGAAGGUAUGUGGCAAUUCUUUCCCAGUACCACCGAUCCAACCUGCUAAUCAAAUCGCGCAGGAGAAUAUUCUGAUGGCUAUCCGUGGCCAAGGCUUAGUUGGUGAGGGUGGCGAGGGUAGCUCGAGUGCUGCAGAGAAGAUCGUCUACGUCCUUCACCCGAAUUGCGCGGUCGAAGAGUACUAG